AUGUCCUCCACAACAAGGUCUGAUUCGGCGUUCUCUGCUUGUUUGCAGGGGAUAAGAGCUAAAGUCUGUGCGGUGUGUGGUGAUGUCGACGCUGAGUCGUCAACUGAUGACGAAAACUGGUCUCGGAGACUGCAGAAGCGAACCCUGUCAGCUGGAUAUUAUGACUUACUUAGGUAGUGAAGCUAGGACUACAACAAGGAGCAAUCACACGACACAUGAGGACUACGAGUAUGAAACAAAAUGGAGCAUCAUCUGCUCACACCUUUAGUGGUGUAAUUGUCUCAACACAAACAAUAUGUUCGUCGUUUUCAUCCCCUGCUUACUCUGUGAAUGCUCCGAGACCUCCUAGGCUUAGAAUGAAACUUCGACUUCUAAGACCACCAACAACGUCUCUCCGAAUGGAACUCUUCAUCACAAGGGGCAAAUAACUCUGCUCAGGGAAAAGAGCCACUGGGUGAAGGAGAGGCCUUCAACAUACAUGAUUUGAUGAUAAAGUCUGAUGAACCAGGGUCGGAGGAGUUGUCUCCAAGAGAAAAAUUGAGAUUAUGACUAUGUUGUUUUUUGUUUUUUGUGCUAGAGUAGACACACACUGGCAGUUUAGUUACACCUCGGAGAAUUUGACCGAAUUGGUACUGAGCAACGAUGAUCUACUUCGUGUUCAUCUUGUUUAACAAGUGGCUCACUUUUACUUCUACGGAAAUCGGGUCGCUACGGAACCAGGCAGCUCUGAGUCGCUACGUGGUUCGAAUGGGUGAGUGACUGCUUCAUCUUCAUCUGGUUCUAAAUAACGACAAGUAACGAGUUUGCUUAGGAUAUUUUUAACAACCACGAGUCCCUCCUCCACUGCCAUGUCUUCCAAAAUUCUCUUGAUUUCUUCUUCUAACCAAAGCACUACAGAAAAAGCCGCCACCCAAACCGGUAUUUCACCAGAAUCAUGAGAACAGCGAUAGGCGCAUCCCUUGGUCGGAAAUUGUACGUCAUAACACGCGUAAAGACUUGUGGAUGGUCCUUGGAGGCUGCGUCUACGAUUGCACUGCUUACAUUAUGGCGAUAUAUCCUUACAUUCUAGCAUGGAUCUAUUUGACUUUGUGGCUCCGCUUUUCGCGCGGUGAGUUCACCCGUGCAUCACGCGCGUGAUCAAUUAGAUUCAGAAGAGGCCCCCCCACUGAUCUAGCGUUUCCUGUGUUUGAUUCAUAGGGCUUAGCUUUGUUCUUUUUUUUGUUACCUGUGUCUACAAUUUCCCGCUAUAGUUCCAUUUAAUUACCCAGCGGGAAGCCUGAAGCACGACGGCCAGGCACUAAAAUCACACAAACGGCCCUCCUGGGGUACUUACAUCGGAUAGUGCCCAUCAUGGUUGCUACAUACACUCAGUAGGUCUUUCCCAGCCGUGGCGCUUAAUCGUUUGCGUAGUCUAGCACGAUAUUUGACCCCCCGCAAGCCUCUAAUCCCUUGGCGACACAUCCAGGAGGAAAAGGGAAUAUCUUGCAGUGUGCUGGCAAAGACGGCACCGAUUACGGGUAACGGGAACUCAUCUCUCACACCAUCUUUUAGCACCAGAUUCUCUCACACCAUCUCUCACACCAUCCUAGAAGAUUUAAAUUUCUCAAAGAUGUGAUGUUGGUACCUCUAAACCGAGUUGUAUAUGAAAGCACAUGCCUGGGUCUCGUAUCCGACUUUGCUGGAUAAAGUCUUCCUAGGAAGGGUCGAAGAAGGCGUGAAACCUCCAGCAGAGACUGCUAAGAGGGAACUAUAACAACAUUAAGGGUAGGUUAAAGGCGUUCAUGCGCUGCUUGUUUUGCCGCUCUUACGGGAGAGAGGCAUAACAAACGGGGGAAGCGAACACCAAAAACCUACCUCAAACAACAAACUAAUAGAUACCUCUCUACUUAGUUGCUAGACUUAGGUGCUCCACUACUACUACUUACUAAUAUUAGGACUGAGUCAUUUCUACCUACUUAUCGGAUUUCCUUCUCAAGUGUAAAUGCAUCCAUUCUGCUGGUGAACAAUUUGGUACAACAAACUUUUUACUGUAAAUUUUCUAUCGGGCGGUGGAACCUGCUGUACAGUCGUCACUAACACUAGAGAAGUCGUACAGAUUUACUUUCUAUUAACAAAAGUGAAGUAGAGCUGACACUUCUGUUGAGAGUCAAGUUCUAAGUAUGCAGUGGCAGAAGGCGCACAGCUAGAGAAAACACGACCGGAAAAGAGAGGUAGUACAUCACGUCCGCGACUGAGUACAGAAAAGGUGAAUAUUACAGGACGGUCGAAACGUGGUUCGACCGCCGAACAGGUGAAUUUGUUAAGGCUGCUUAUUUAAGAGUUGCACAUUGAGGCGUUUUUCUACUACUUUUCCUAUUAAUAAUCAAUGUGGUUUAUAACUAUUUCAUUUCUACAAGUCAUUUCUCACUGGCAGCUUAGGUUGAUGUCACGUGGUUCGUCUUUGAGUGAACGAAUGAGUUCCUUCUUGAGAAAGUGAGGAAGUGGAGGCUAGAAAUGAAAUAUUUACACCCGUUCCUCGUGAACUGGGGGUCUCAUCAUCUAACGAGUGUGCGGCCUCGAUUCGGUGCAGGGCAGGCCACUGUAAGGCCUCGAAUGAGUACCGAACAGGUGGCUGUGCGGCCUCGAAUGAGUACCGAGCAGGUGGCUGUGCGGCCUCAAAAAAAGGGUUUCAGCGCGGGUGGAGCAGCGCGGGUGGCGGACCCAGGGACAGAUGACUUUUUCUCAUUCGGCGAGCGAAAAUCUCAAAAACAGGGUUUCAGCGCGGGUGGAGCAGCGCGGGUGGCGGACCCAGGGACAGAUGACGAGCGUUGA